AUGUUGGUUUAUAGUUCGGAGGAAGUAAUACCUGCCGAGGUGGAAAUACCAUCUUUAAGGAUUAUCCAAGAGUUUGGUCUGGACGAUGCAGAAUGGAUACGUAGCAGGCAUGAACAAUUGAUGCUCAUCGAUGAAAAGAGGAUGGACGUGGUUUGUCAUGGACAACUCUAUCAGAACAGAAUGACCAAAUCAUUCAACAAGAAAGUCAAACCUCGACAGUUCACAUCGGGGCAAUUAGAAUUGAAGAAGAUCUUUCCUCACCAAAGAAAAGCCAAAGAGAAAUUUGCACCAAACUGGCGAGGACCCUACAUGGUUCAUAGAGUACUCUCUGGAGGAGCAGUGAUCUUAGCAGAAAUGGACGGAAGAGUGAGCACAAAGCCAAUCAAUUCAGAUGCCAUCAAGAAAUACUAUAUUUGA